AUGUGCAGCUUUCUGGUGACAUCUUGGCUUAUAUCGAAUCUUACGGCGGUGAACUAUUUCCUACUUCCUAGAGGACCUGACGGAACACAGACUCUCCGAAAGGGUCCAUUUGUGUUCGUGCACAAUCUCCUUCACAUGACCGGCGAACGCGUGUGGCAGCCGUUCGUGCAGGAGAAGGUGGUAGCCGUGUAUAACGGCGAGAUCUACAACGCCCGGCAGGUUCCGCAGGGUUUUGAGGAUCGACAUCUGUAUCGGUCAGACGGCGAGUGCUUGCUGCCAGCAUAUUUGCAUCUGGGACCUCAUUUUCCUCAAACCUUGGAUGGCGAGUUUGCGCUUGUGGUUGUGGAUCUGGACAGCCAAGCCCUCGACUCAGCACUGCAGUGGCGGAGAUGA